UCCACGAGCAGACCCAGAGAGCCUCAGCUGGCUUUUGAUCGAAAACCCUCCGAACCUUCCUCCAUCGUUUCUGCGCUUUAAGAUUCAACGUUUAUUUUUCUUCUCAUGUGUACGCACGUAGUUUAGUUUCGUUUUGUGUGUUGAAAAAGAUCUUACCGUUGAAGGGGAUGUUUCUGAUUUCUUGAAUCGUCUUUUGAAUCGGUUCUUGAUUUGGGGGAUUCUCCGAGUUGGGUGGAUCGUUCACCGGACUCGGUAUGGCCACGCCGAACAACCUCUUAAGACUUUACCAAGUUUGGAGGGGAAGUAAUAGAUUUUUCUGUGGUGGGAGAUUGAUAUUUGGCCCUGACGUAUCAUCUCUGAUUCUCUCCAUAUGUCUUAUUGCUGGUCCUGCAGUUGCUUUCUGCGUAAAGAUAUAUUUGAAGAUCCAUGAUGUUGAACCACCUGGGAACGCUCGUUGGUAUCCUGUAUUAUUUGGAGGUCUCGCCCUCACUUUUCUGGAUUUGAUAUUUCUGUUCGUGACUUCUAGUAGAGAUCCUGGAAUACUGCCUCGAAAUUCAAGGCCUCUUGAGUCAGAUGAAUUAGAUGACAUGAAUACACCAUCCAUGGAAUGGAUCAAUGGAAGAACCCCACAUCUAAAAAUCCCUCGGAUUAAAGAUGUGACUAUAAAUGGUCAUACAGUAAAAGUCAAGUACUGUGACACUUGUUUAUUUUAUCGCCCUCCUCGUGCAUCUCAUUGUUCCAUAUGCAACAAUUGUGUUCAGAGAUUUGAUCAUCACUGCCCAUGGGUUGGGCAGUGCAUUGGAAUACGUAAUUAUCGGUUCUUCUUCAUGUUCAUAACGACCUCGACAAUCUUGUGUUUAUACGUGUUGUCGUUUUCGUUGUCCAUCCUUAUUCAUCAUCAAGAAGCCUUUUUCAAGGCUGUGUCCAAAGACAUCCUUUCAGAUAUUCUAGUAGUGUAUUGUUUCAUUGCCUUUUGGUUCGUUGGUGGCCUUUCCGUAUUCCAUUCUUAUCUUGUACUCACAAAUCAGACUACCUAUGAGAAUUUCCGGUAUCGGUACGACAAGAAGGAGAAUCCAUAUAAUAAAGGAACGAUGAAGAACGUCGGAGAAGUAUUUUUCUCGAAAAUUCCACCGUCAUCGCAUAAGUUCCGAUCCAUUGUUGAGGAGGAUGACAUGAUGAUGGGCGUUACUCCUUAUCUUGAAGAAGGUAUUUUUAGCUCGAAGGAGAAACUUGAUAUGGAAAGGGGUACUAAAUAUUUGGAGGAUGAGACGUUCCCAACUCCUGACAUAUUGAGGAGAUUCGAAUACGUGGACGACCUGGAAGAUGAUCUGAAAAUGAUGGUAGAAGGAGAAAGACCUCAUGUUGAUCCACUGUUUCGUCUUGACCGAGAGGCAGAGGAACUUGAAGAAGGUGGCAGUGAUGGAAUACCUGAUCCUCAGCUAGAAUUAUCAAUGGAAGAUAGUGAUGAAGUAGCCGUAGAAAGUUCCAUCCCUGGUGGGGUUAACACAGAUGAGACGAAGGAUGCCAAUGACUCACCUCAAGUUGAAGCUUCCAAGUUUUAGGCGUUAAAAAGGUCCCAUUUUUCUGGGGAGGCAGAGAAGAGCAACAUGCAGCUGUAAACGCUUCCUGUUGUCAUUAGAAGCAGGGAGGAAUAUUGGGUUAAGAAAGAUUGGGCUGUAGAUUAGGUAAGCGAAAUGUAGAGGAUAUCAGAAGCUUAUUGUGGUGGGUGAGGAAUUUUUUGUUUCGUUGUUAAACCUGUUGGUUGCUUUACGUUUUCAUGUAUCCAAAGUGGCUUUAAAAUAAAGCCCAAAUUCCACAUGCCACUUUCAGAUUCUAUUCACACACUGAUCCAUCUAUUCUUCUAUUUCUUUUA